GGGCCACUCACAUGCCCCCGAACUCCGCCCCCUGCACCUUUUUUGGGCCAGAACCUGAUACUCAUGAUCAUGUGCGCCACAUGCUGAGCACCAAAGGAGCAGCAGAUUGGGAGCAGUAUAGCAGAGUCCAGCAGACGGCACCAUGACGGCGCUUGAGAGCCACAUGACGUACACCAUCCAUCAUGAGGAGACCUACAUGACCCAAGAGGAGGACUGGGACCGGGACCUGUUGCUUGACCCAGCCUGGGAGAAGCAGCAGAGGAAGACGUUCACAGCCUGGUGCAACUCUCACCUGAGGAAGGCUGGCACGCAGAUUGAGAACAUUGAGGAAGAUUUCAGAAAUGGCCUCAAGCUGAUGUUGCUUUUGGAGGUCAUAUCAGGUGAGAGGCUUCCCAAACCAGACAAAGGCAAGAUGCGCUUUCAUAAGAUCGCCAAUGUGAACAAAGCUCUGGACUUCAUCUGCAGCAAAGGCGUCAAGCUGGUGUCCAUCGGCGCUGAGGAAAUUGUUGAUGGCAACGUAAAGAUGACACUUGGAAUGAUCUGGACCAUCAUCCUACGCUUCGCCAUCCAGGACAUCUCUGUUGAAGAGACAUCUGCUAAGGAGGGUCUGCUGUUGUGGUGUCAGAGGAAAACUGCCCCCUACAGGAACGUCAAUGUGCAGAACUUCCACAUCAGCUGGAAGGACGGCCUGGCUCUGUGCGCCCUCAUUCACAGACACAGACCCGACCUCAUCGACUACUCCAAACUGAGAAAGGACGAUCCCAUUGGGAAUCUCAACACGGCCUUUGAGGUAGCUGAGAAGUUCCUGGACAUCCCAAAAAUGUUGGAUGCUGAAGACAUCGUUAACACGCCCAAACCUGACGAGAAGGCCAUCAUGACUUACGUGUCCUGCUUCUACCACGCCUUUGCCGGCGCCGAGCAGGCUGAGACGGCCGCCAACCGGAUCUGUAAGGUUCUGGCAGUCAAUCAGGAGAAUGAGAAGCUGAUGGAGGAGUAUGAGAAGCUGGCCAGUGAGCUUCUGGAGUGGAUCCGCCGCACCAUCCCCUGGUUGGAGAACCGUGUGGCCGAGCAGACCAUGCGCGCCAUGCAGCAGAAGUUGGAGGACUUCCGCGACUAUCGGCGCGUGCACAAGCCACCCCGUGUGCAGGAGAAGUGUCAGCUGGAGAUCAACUUCAACACCCUGCAGACCAAACUGAGGUUGAGCAACAGGCCCGCCUUCAUGCCCUCCGAGGGCAAGAUGGUGUCGGACAUUGCCAAUGCCUGGAAGGGUCUGGAGCAGGUGGAGAAGGGCUACGAAGAGUGGCUGCUCACGGAGAUCCGCCGCCUGGAGAGACUGGAUCAUCUGGCUGAGAAGUUUAAGCAGAAGUGUGCCAUGCACGAGUCCUGGACUGCAGGUAAGGAGGACCUGUUGUCCCAGAAGGACUAUGAGUCGGCAUCUCUGAUGGAGAUCAGAGCCCUGAUGAGGAAGCAUGAGGCCUUUGAGAGUGACCUCGCCGCUCACCAAGACCGUGUGGAGCAGAUUGCUGCCAUUGCGCAGGAGCUCAAUGAGCUGGACUACCAUGAUGCUGCCACCGUCAACGCCCGCUGUCAGGGUAUCUGUGACCAGUGGGACAACCUGGGCACACUGACCCAGAAGAGGCGGGACGCUCUGGAGCGCGUGGAGAAGCUUUGGGAGACCAUCGACCAGCUCUACCUGGAGUUCGCAAAGAGGGCGGCACCCUUCAACAACUGGAUGGAUGGAGCCAUGGAGGACCUGCAGGACAUGUUCAUCGUUCACAGCAUUGAGGAGAUCCAGAGUCUGAUCACCGCCCACGACCAGUUCAAGGCCACACUGCCAGAGGCCGAUAAGGAGCGCAUGGCCACGCUGGGCAUCCACACAGAGAUCUUGAAGAUUGCUCAGACGUAUGGGAUUAAGCUGUCCGGAAUCAACCCCUACACAAGCCUGACCUCCCAGGACAUCAGCACCAAGUGGGACACGGUUAAACACCUGGUGCCCCUCAGAGACCAAAUGCUGCAGGAGGAGGUGGCCCGACAGCAGGCCAACGAGCGGCUCCGGCGCCAGUUUGCUGCCCAGGCCAACAUCAUCGGACCCUGGAUCCAAACCAAGAUGGAGGAGAUCAGCCACGUAUCUGUGGACAUCGCUGGCUCUCUGGAGGAGCAGAUGAACAGCCUGAAGCAGUACGAGCAGAACAUCAUCAACUACAAGUCUAACAUCGACAAGCUGGAGGGCGAUCACCAGCUGAGCCAGGAGUCUCUUAUCUUUGACAACAAGCACACCAACUACACCAUGGAACAUAUCCGUGUGGGCUGGGAACAGCUGCUCACCACCAUCGCUAGAACCAUCAAUGAGGUGGAGAACCAGAUCCUGACUAGAGACGCGAAGGGCAUCAGCCAGGAGCAGCUAAAUGAGUUCAGAGCAUCCUUCAACCACUUUGACAGAGUGAGGCUUUCACACACGCCCCAAAAUUGUCAGCACCUUCACUACAGCGUGCAAGAACUCCAUUUGUCUUUGCAGAAGAGAAACGGAAUGAUGGACCCAGACGACUUCCGUGCCUGCCUCAUCUCUAUGGGCUACGACCUGGGGGAGGUGGAAUUUGCACGCAUUAUGACCCUGGUGGACCCCAACAACACCAGCGUCGUCACCUUCCAAGCCUUCAUCGACUUCAUGACCCGAGAAACCGCAGAGACUGACACCGCUGAGCAAGUUAUGGCCUCCUUCAAGAUCCUGGCCUCAGACAAGAACUACAUCACGGUGGAAGAGCUUCGCCGCGAGCUUCCGCCCGAGCAGGCCGAGUACUGCAUCAGCCGCAUGACCCGCUACAUUGGACCUGACAGCCCGGCCGGUGCCCUGGACUACAUCUCUUUCUCCAGCGCUCUCUAUGGGGAGAGCGACUUGUAAAGAGCCUCAGUUAGGUGUGGCGACACCCUGCCCUUCAGAAAGGAAUUCAACCUUUGUUGUACUUGUGCAGCUGCAUGUUUACACUUGUGUAGAGCCCCCCCCCCCCCCCCCCCCCAACACACACACACACACAUAUAUACACACACAGUCGAUCUGGAGGAGGGAUGAGAGCAACGAUGUCAUGUUCAUAUGCAAAGCAUUGUGGGUAACUACAGGUGUAAAUAAAGCGGCGUGGGGAAUGAAGAGAAAUGGAGCCUCUUUUUGGAGUCUUAAUGAGCACGAGUGCUAACAAGAUGCAUCAUCGGGAAGGUUGUGACGAUGGUACGUGGGCCUGACGUCAUUGUCAAGCCAGAUGCUGAUGUGUGACCUUCGUCUGUGCUCCUCCUCCUCCUCCGGAAACAAAACUUGAAAUAAAACCUGUCACAUUUUAACCAGCAAAGCACUUUUGGUGUGCGUUCC